AUGAGUUCCAGCUCUGAUGAUGUACAUCAGAUGAUGGACGUAAUCUCAGCCCGUUUUCCCCCUAACAAGCGGGAAUUUCUCGUGGACUUUGUCAACCUGAAGAUCGUAUUAAAGCUAAACGGCUGCAGUGCAUUAGGAAUCAGCCCUCCUUUUCUGGCCUCUUCUAAAUUGGCUCCAGCCCUCUUAUUUCCAGCUGAUCAGCCCACUUACUUGGCCAAGCUCAAUCCUGUAUUGAAGGGCCCUGUUGAUUCUGGAUUUAACUUGGCCGAAGCAACAAGGCCGCUUGACAGGACGCUAUUUUACUGCCAACAGACUGGAAAUAGCUGUAUUCGACCUUCUAAUACCGUCACACUCGAUAACAAUAACGCUACCAGACAAACAGAAUAUAUAGACGACGUCAUGGGGCUUCACAAAACAGUUGAGUCGAAUUCAAAAAAUCCACGGCUUAACCAUCCAAUGCAUCGACCGUUGUCAUGGUUCGCUGGGCAUGGAUGUCUCUUCCGGUUGGCAGUCGAUAUUGUCCUGCUAGGCACUGCUGCUAUUGUCAUCUUGAUCGUCAUCUUUGCCAUCAGCUGUUCCGUGCCUUUCAUGGUAAGUGCGUAUUGA